GGGCCGGGCGACUUCCCCUGCCCUGUGUGCAGCAAGGCCUUCCCGCUGCAGCGCAUGCUGACCCGGCACCUGAAGUGCCACAGCUCGGUCAAGAAGCACGUCUGCCGGUACUGCGGCAAGGGCUUCAACGACACCUUCGAUCUGAAGAGACACACGCGGACCCACACCGGCAUCCGCCCCUACCGCUGCCACGUCUGUGCCAAGGCCUUCACCCAGCGCUGCUCCCUGGAGUCCCACCUCCGCAAGAUCCACGGGGUGCAGCAGAACUACGCCUACCGCGAGCGGCGCGCCAAGCUCUUCGUCUGCGAGGAGUGCGGCUUCACCUGCGCCGCCGGCGACGAGUACUACGGCCACGUGCGGCGGCUCCACCCCGGCAACGCCCUGCUGCACAAGUACCUCCGCAAGCAGGGCGCCGCCUCCCUCCGCUUCCUCCUCUACCCCGGCGGCUACUACGCCUGA